AUGCCUCCGAGAAUGAAACCCCCGAAACCCUCAAAAGAACCAGUACCCCCGAAAAGACCGAGGGAACCAUCUAGACCGGUUGCUAGAGCUAGAAAAGAUGUUCAAUACAUUAAUCUAAAGACUAAAUUAAAAUUGAAAGGAUGGCUAGCGACACCGGCUGAUUGGACACGUUUCGACGCCUGGGCGAAAGUGAAAGCGAAGCCGAAGAAGUUGCCUGAACUCGAGCCAAUAGUUAGAGUUUCGAAACCGUUGUCACAGUUGAAGAAACGUAUCAAAACGUUGUCCAAACCGCGGGAAACGAUCGACAUGAGCGUUCACUGUAAAUUAGAUUUGGCCAUUUCGAAAGCAGCGCUCCAAGCGGUCGCGUCGAAAAGGACGAUACUUCUCGCACUGCCCAACAUAAAAUUAUUGGAUUUCGGCCGGAUUUAUUACCAAGUAUCGCCCGCGGCGUUGAAAUACAAAGCGACCGAGAGAAUUCUGAAUCUUAGCAAGCCACGCGCGCUCUUCCUUCCGGACGAGUGCAGGCCUUCGAAAAUAUCGUUGUACGAGAAACGAGUCCUGGACCAGGAGAGAUUGAGGAAGUUGGCCUUGGCGAAAAAAUUGAUCGAUUGCCCCCAACAGUUGACCAAAGACGAGAUAGAAGAGCUUUUCACACCUCAUGGUAUAAUGAGAAGCGCGCUAACUUAUAAAGUUUGUUUCUCCCCUUUUGAUAUCACUCCUUGGAUGAACUUCUUGGCGCUGCCCUCGUAUAAGAUGAUAAAGGGAAGGAAGGACCCGUUGGCGAAAACUUGGAAGAAACAGUUGAUCAAGAAGAGGGAGGAGAGGGGCAAGGAGGCUUUGGCCGAGCACAGGAAGAAGAGGGAGGAGGAGAGGAGGAAGGAGAGGAAGCGGCGGCCGCCCGAGGAAGAAGUGACGAAACCGCCACCUGUGGUCAAAAAGAGGAGGAAGGAGGAGAGACCGACGGAGCCGAAGAAGAAGCCGGAGAAGGAGAAGCAGGUGAGGAAGGAGAGGAGGGAGAAGCCUAAGACGAGGAGGGAGGAGAGGAGAGAGGCUAGGAAGAGGAGGAAAGAGGAGAAGGUUAAGAAAAAGGAGAAGAAGGAGGAGGAGAAAGAUAAGAAAGAUAAAAAGGAGAAAAAGAAAAAGGAGAAGAAGAAAGAAAAGGAGGAGACCGAGGAAGAGAAGGCGAAGAGAAGAAAGAUCGAGAAAAAUGCUUGGAGGUUUUCGCCUCAUCCGUGCAAAGAUGACCCAUUUAGCAUCAAGAAAGCUGCUUUGAAAGGCAAAUCAUCUCCACGUACGGAUAAUUUGUCGAAGCCAAGAAUUCGUAUAUGUACAGCCCUCAAAGCAAAGCCUUUCGACGUGAAAAAAGCUGCUCUAUCCGCCACACCUUCGGGAAGAGUCGAAUCAUUGGCCAAACCAAAGAAACCGUUGAGUCCUGUCGGGAAAAGGACACCACGAGAUAAGGAUAAAUAUGGAAGACCAAUAUUUGAAAUGCCUGUAUACGGGAAAGUGUUACCGAAAACGAAACCGUACAAAAUGGGCGAAUGCCCGGACGAUAAGGAAGAGAAGAAGCCGGUUGUCAAGAAACGUCCGAUCGAUCCGAUCGCUUACGCGCCCAGCGUCGAUCCUUGCAUAGAGCCGGAAUUGGCGAAGAAGCAAAAGAUUGAAAGAAAAAGGGCCGAGAAAAUAUCGAAAAAGAAGAAGAAAAAACCGAAGAAAAAGGUGAAAAAGGAGGAGGAUAAAAAAGAUAAAAAGGAUAAAGAGCCGAAAGAGAAGGAAAGAGAAGAGGCAAUAGAGGAGGAGACGGAGCCGGAAGAGGUGACGGAAGAGGUGACGGAGGGGGAGACGACGGAAGAAGUGACGGAGGGGGAUACGACGGAAGAGGUAACGGAGGGAGAGACGGCGGAAGAGGAGGAGGUAUAAGAAACGAAAGUAAACAAAUCUAAAUAAUAUAGAAAAUGAAUCAUUUCGAAUCCUCGUGUAAUCAUUUGAUAUGAAAAAAAGGAAAUUACAAGUAUUUAUGAUAGAAAGAAAAAAAGGAAAAAAAAAAAAGAAAGAAAAAAAAG